CUGCCUUCGCCAGUGUGGUAAGCACCCACUUUUGCGGGUCUGAACAAGUCCUGCGCUUUGCUUUCGCAACCCCAUUCUCUGGAACCGCGAGAAUGUUUGUGAAUUGCAGACGGAGGCCGCUGAAGCCCUGGACGGGCUAAUUACAGAGAUACUUUAGGGUCCGAGUCCUAAAGGCUGAUCCGACUGCGCGCGGCACUCCGAUUAGAAGCGGCGAAUGCCCAUCAAGCAUCCAUGCCCUGCCACUCCCUCUCUGGAAGGACAGAAAUUGAAGUUUCCUGGAUUCUGAGAGAACACGUUGGUUGGUCCGGCACUGUAUCCUAAUGGAUACAGUGGAUUGGGUCUUAGGAUGCAAAAUACGAGUAAAGAGAGAAACCGGCAGGAGCCUCCUGUUAGGUUCAGAGACGUCAGUCAAGGGAUAGGCGAGUACAAACGCCAGUCAACACAGUUCUUGUGAAGGUACCACCCGAACCGGGCGGAAGGGAGAGAAAGAACUCUUUUCGAUUGGGCCACAAGGAAGGCAGUCCCGCCCUCUGUGCUCCACGAUUGGUUAAGCUCAAGCCGUGCCCCUCACGUCGGCAGCCACCCGUUUGACAAGUGGGCAGCUCUUGCCCCACUUGCCGCUUCUGCCGGGUUAGUGGGAAGGAGUCCGAAAGGGGUUCACUGGGUUCCCGACCAGGUCCGACGUAGAUCCGGGAGACGCGCGCUAUCUGAACGGUGAGGGAACGCUAAUCCGCGGCGAGAAAGAGGCCCCACGAGGAAAGAAUGAAGUUCUGCAAUCGGAAGCGUCUUCCGUGAGGCGUGGCUUCCGGAAGUGUGGCGAACCCUCAGCAGCACCCGGAAGUGUGAUGCUGCCGCUGCUGCUGCUGCUGCUGCUCCGGGAAGUGUCGGUGUCCAGCGGGGGAGAUUCAGGGUUGAAACAGGGAUGUGCAGAUGGAGGCCGGAGGGGACAGUGCUGCCCCAUCCCCCGGGGCCGAGGAAGGCUUGGAGGACCUGCCGUUCCCCAGUGAAGAGACUGGAGAUAGUGGAGGGAUUCACACGGCUGUGCCCGAUCCCGGAGACGACGGGGACCUGGAGGAAACAGGAUCCAAGGCCGAGGACCAGUCACCCAGCCUCCUGUCACAACUGCCCCAGUCAGAGGCCCCAUCAAGUACCAGUGAGCACUGGAGUACUGCAGCCUCGGACAGUAGUCCCAUUCAUGGCCCGGAGAGUGACUCCAGUGGCGGGGACCCCAGUGGCGGGGACCCCAGUGACGAGGACUGGCGCAGCCAGCGGAAGCAUGUGUUUGUGUUGAGUGAGGCUGGCAAGCCCAUCUACUCACGGUACGGAAGUGUGGAGGCGCUGUCGGCUACAAUGGGCGUGAUGACAGCCCUUGUGUCCUUCGUGCAGAGUGCUGGAGAUUCCAUCCGCGCCAUCUACGCUGAGGACCACAAGCUGGUGUUCCUACAGCAGGGCCCACUGCUGCUGGUGGCCGUGUCCAGGACUCCUCAGUCAGCAGCGCAGCUGCGGAGGGAGCUCCUGGCUGUGCACGCCCAGAUCGUGAGCACUCUGACACGAGCAAGCGUGGCCCGCAUCUUCGCACACAAGCAGAACUACGACCUCCGACGCCUGCUGGCUGGCUCGGAGCGGACUCUGGACCGGCUUUUGGACAGUGUGGAACGGGACCCAGGUGCCCUGCUGCUAGGGGCCGUGCGCUGCGUGCCCCUUGCCCGCCCAUUGCGGGAAGCCCUGGGUGCCCUGCUGAGGCGCUGCACAGCACCCGGGCUGGCACUAUCAGUGCUGGCAGUUGGGGGCCGGCUGAUAACAGCUGCCCAGGAGCGUAAUGUGCUGGCUGAGUGCCGACUGGACCCUGCAGACCUGCAGUUGCUGCUUGACUGGGUGGGUGCACCAGCCUUUGCGGCAGGUGAGGCCUGGGCACCUGUAUGCCUGCCCCGCUUUAACCCCGAUGGUUUCUUCUAUGCCUAUGUGGCCCGACUGGAUGCCAUGCCCGUCUGCCUGCUGCUGCUCGGCACCCACCGUGAAGCCUUCCAUGCCAUGGCCGCCUGCCGGCGCCUGGUGGAAGAUGGAAUGCGGGCCCUCGGUGCCCUGCGUGCCCUUGGGGAACCUGCCAGCCUCUCUAAUGCCCCAGCAGCCAAUGCCCCUGCCUACAGUGUGCAGGCUGUGGGGGCACCUGGUCUCCGGCACUUCCUUUAUAAGCCACUGGACAUCCCUGACCACCACCGCCAGCUGCCCCAGUUUACCAGCCCAGAGCUCGAGGCCCCAUACAGCAGAGAGGAGGAGCGGCAGCGGCUGUCAGACCUGUACCACCGCCUGCAUGCCCGCCUGCACAGCACCUCCCGACCCCUGCGCCUCAUUUACCACGUGGCUGAGAAGGAGACGCUGCUGGCCUGGGUGACCUCCAAAUUUGAGCUCUAUACCUGCCUCAGCCCCCUGGUGACAAAGGCAGGUGCCAUCUUGGUAGUGACCAAACUUCUGCGCUGGGUGAGGAAAGAAGAGGACCGGCUCUUCAUUCGUUACCCACCUAAGUAUUCCACACCCCCAGCCACCUCUACGGACCAAGCUCCCCAUAAUGGCUUAUUCACUGGACUCUGAAUGGUGGUGCUCCCAGACUGCCGGGAGUGACCAUCUUGGGUCUCUGACCUGGAAGUGUGGGUGGGUCGGUUGUCUUUGGCUGGUCCCUGUCUCCCCAGGCAGGCAGGCAAGAUCCAAGGCCUGCCCACAAAUGGGAGAUGAGUGUCAGCAGCCAGAGAUAAAGGCUGCUCUUCCAGCCCCUUCAUCACUUCCAGCCUCACCUCCUCCAGCCUCUGUCAGGGGCGGUCCCCUUAAACCUCUUCCUAAAUCUGUCUCCUCAUUGGACUGUCAGUUCAGAGUGUCCAGGGCAGCCAGGAUUUCUGGGGUGGUCCAAAGGAGCUCUAGAACUGGGAAUACAGGGUCAGCCUGUACCUGGAACUGACCUGAAGGGUGUUUUAAAGAGAGGGAAAAAAAAAAAAAAAACUGUACGUAAAAGGCUUAAAACCAAGCCCCUAAGGAUACUCCUUUGCCCUUCAUGCAUUUGUGUUCAUUUGUACCCUACCAGAAAGUAAGCUGCGUGGGUCUACACUGGCUGCUUCUAAUAAUAAUGAGAAGGUAGCCUCCCUUGAAAAAGAGAACAUGUAGUGCCUGGUCUCAGACAGUGGCCAGGAUCAGGAAUUUUUUGCAUAGGAGGUGCCCUUGGUGUCUAAGGCUCGUUGUACUUUGUCUCGUAGGCUAUUUAAUGAAGUUUUGCAAAUAGAACGGGAUUCAAACUCUUAUGGCACAUAACGUAUUUAUCCCAGACUUUGGCAACCUGCCACAACAAAAGCAUCCUGAAUAGAGACCUCCUUGGUUUGUGUGUGGUUCCCGUCCUCACCACCCUCCCUCCUUCCCUCCCUAACCGCCCGGUGCCCUAGUCCUGCUCCUGUUGAACCUGUUACUGCCUCACAGUGGUGCGCGUGCGUGCUAACUGUCCAUCAGGAGCGCCCGGUACCGUGCGCCUGCUCAAAGCAGAUGCUCGUCAUUCCUCCACCCCAGGUCAACCGAUGGAGUGAAUGUGUCAGGUCCCAAGCGAACUGCCCUUCGCCCUCACGUGGGUGUUAUUUUUUUAACUUAUCGUUGACCCAGGUGCACAAACAAACCCCGCGUUGGAAAAUGGCAGAGAAGCUGGGUUCUCUGAGCGAAGAGCCCGAAGCGCAGGAGCCCGCUGGAGGUAGUGUGAGGGUCCACGGUGGGCACCUGCGGCCAGGGCUGCAGGGAGGGGCUCGGACCCUCGACAGUAACGAAUAGCGGUAGCAGUAGAUAGUUUAAAAAUGAAAUUUUAAACCUUUUAUUAUUGAAAGAAAACCGUUUCACACCGUGGCGUUAAGUAACAUGCACAGUCUCUUCACCCAGAUUAACUCUUGUCAACUUUAUUAAGCAUGUUGCUUAGGUGUUUUGUAGUAAAUAAUUCGGUGUGCGUAUCUUCAAACAAAACCGGGAAGGGAUGUUCUAGCAAAAAUCACCCAGCUGUUGCCACCCCUAAGAAAGUUAGCGUAUUCUCCAGUGUCAUUAUUUCAUACCAAGCCUAAAUCCCAUUUUACAAAAAUUCUUAAAUCUCCUAAUGAGAGUGGCUUUUCCACAGCUUUUCUUAAAUUGGCUUUGAGUUAAUCAUAAUAGCUCAUCCAGAGUAGUGAUAGGGAAGUGGCAUGGCCCGGGGACUCUUGGAAAUUGCAAUCUAGCCAAAAGGAAGGGGGAAAAAAAAAAAAAAAAAACCUUCCCAGGGCUUAAGUAAUGUACUAAGAUGCUGCUAGUGAUUUUGUUAAAGAAAUGUUCAGAAUGUACCAAAGUCAAGAAAAAGAGCAUGAUGAACGCCUUAGUACUUGUCACUCUGCUUCACGGGUCUGGGUUCCAGCUUUCCUCUAUCUCUAACUCCCCUUCCUGCACACCCUUCACCCCUCUGUAUGAAUAAGCACAUCAGACUGCAUCUUACAAGACUCACCUAUGCAGACAUCAAAAUGAUGAUGAUCUUCUUGUCUAUUAUCUGUCCUAGGAUGUGAGCCUCAUGAGAACUGAGACUGGUCCUUGCUGUUUUCCAGCAUCUGAAACAAUGCUUGGCACAUAGUUGGUGCUCAGUGAUUUUUUAAUUAUGUGAAUAAUGAAAUAAUUUGAAUACAGAGAAUUGUCUUAGAUUAAUCCAGCUUUCAAAAAAAGGAUAGAAAUAAGACAGAUGCAAAUAGAUCCCAUUUAUUAUGCUUUUAGUAUAGAGGCCACUGAUUUUUUAAAAAACUUUUAAUAUCAACCUUUCAAAUUCCUCAGUUAAAGUUAUGAUUAACUUCAUCAGCAAUGGAGAAAAUUGAAAAUCAUCAAGUUACCAUUUCUAACCCAUCAAAUUGGCUUUAUAAAGGAAGGGAUAAUAUCUGGCAUUGAUUACUCUGUGGAGAUAACAGGCUUUCUUUUGCCUAAGAGGAGAACUGGCCAGAAAGGUUUUGCUAGGGGCAGUUUGGCAGCAUGGGUGUAGUAUCAUCUCAGUCACCAUGCUAGGUUGACAUAGGAGAGGGGACAGCUGCAUGAACCAGGAGUGGUCUUCAGAAUGUCAUUAAUGGAGGCAAAAUACAAGAAGUAAUCACAGCAAUUGCUAAAUCUCAGUAUGUUCUUGUACAUUGUGGGGUGCCUGUAGGUGGGUUAUUUUUUAAGAAGCGGAAAAAAUAACUUCUAAAUGGACAUGAUCAUUGUUCAUUGACAGUAAGCUCCAAAGGAAGUCAUCAUCACUAGUGAAGAGGGAGAUGGUCAGGUAUCGCCUUUAGUGUGUUAAACACAAGAAAUGAAGAAAACAUACAGCCCACCUGGUAGCUCUGGACAGGGUCUAGGAUUUGGGGAUGGUUCAGAGCAGAGGCAUUUCUGUGAUUUAUUGUUUUGUUUUUCUUUUCAAAAAAUGUAGGUAUUACUGUGUAAUUCUAAAAUACAAGGGGGAAAGAGGGAAAAGUGAAUGGCAUCUGAGGCUCAUAUACUAAUACUGGAUCAAUAUUAACAUCCAGAUUUCGAUGGUCGUACUGUGGUUACUUGGUGGAGCCCUGUGUAUAUAGGAAGCGUACACUGGAAUAUUAAAGAGUAAUGGACCAAAUGACUGCGACUCGUGGUUCAGAAAUACUCACAAUGGGGAAUCUGAUAGAAGAGCAAAUGGGAGCACUGUGGCCUGUUGUGACAACUUUUGUUACAUGUGAAAUUUAUUUCAAAAUAAAAUGUUUCAAAGGGGA